AUGGCGAGCGCACUUCACCAGCAGUCUCCGUCUUCCGCCGCCUCCGUUGCCGCGAGCCAAGACGACGGCAAGCAACAUCUGCUGCUCGCUGCAAGCGGUUCUGUGGCUACGAUCAAACUCCCAGAAAUCAUAUUUGCCCUUGCCUCCAGAAAGAGGUUGUCCAUCCGACUCGUGCUCACAAAGUCGGCUACUCACUUCCUUGCUGGUCAAGCCGCUGAGCAGCCCAGCCUGGCGGCCUUGUCCAAUUUACCAAAUGUCGAUGGCUUGUACGUAGAUGACGACGAGUGGACUAGCCCUGGCUGGACCAGAGGAGCCAGUAUACUGCAUAUUGAGCUGCGUCGCUGGGCAGACGUGCUCUUUGUCGUUCCACUCUCGGCCAACCUGCUGGCCCGCAUUGCUGGUGGCAUGUGUGACGACUUGCUCUCCAGCGUCAUCCGUGCAUGGGAUACUCGCCGCGCUGCCAUUGUUGUAGCUCCUUCCAUGAAUACAUUGAUGUGGGAGCAUCCGUUAACGGAGCAGCAUUUGGAUAUUCUGCGGUCGUGGCCAUGGUUUGUCGUUCUGCUACCACAGCCGAAGGCCCUCGCUUGUGGUGAUGUCGGGCAGGGCGCGAUGCGUGAAUGGAAAGAAAUUGUAGUCGAUAUCGUGCAAAGACUCGAUCAUCUUGAAAGUUAA